ACUUAACACCCAAAAUUAUAUUCCAAGUUCUCACUAAUUCAAAUACUAGUUAAUAUAUAGUUCUCUAAUUAUUCACUAUUUCAAAAUGCUUAGUUCUUUUGUUGGGAAGGUACAAAAGAGUUUAUCACACUUUGUACCAAGAAAGCAUGCAUUGAGUUACUGUAAUGAUGAUCAUGGCACAACCACAACUGAGUUGGCUGAUGAUGUUAUGAAAGGCUACUUUGCUGUUCUUGCAAGGAAGGGUGAUGAAACAAGAAGGUUUAUAGUUGGGUUAGAUUACCUGACUGAUCCAGCUUUUGUGGGAUUGCUUGAUGAAGCUUGGGAGGAGUAUGGUUUCAGACAGAAGGGAACUCUCGUUGUUCCGUGUCGGCCGAUGGAGUUGCAGAACAUUCUAGAUGGUCGGAAAACAUAGAAGAAGGAAAGAAUCUUAUAUAUUCUUCGGUUAAGAUCUUGUCUAUUUGUAUUAUACGAGAGCUUGACACGAAGAUACAGCAUUUGUUUUAAUACUCUAUUUGAUGAUUAAUUUCCCUUUUAAUACAAUAUUUUAUAUA